AGGCAAGGCUCGAUGGUUACAGGGGUCAGGCAGGUCCGCAUAGUCAUUCCCACCCAAGUUGCAGGGAUGACUCUGUCCACUUUUAUGGUAUUUUUCAUUUGAAGGAAGACUGCACAGGCAAAUCUGGGAAUGCACUCAGGAAGCAAAGCUUAACUUAAAUUUUACUAGAUUAUCAAUGGCUGUUUUCACACCAGAUAGGGAGUUAAAUAAUUAUUAAAGUGUAAUGGUAUGGAUGUCACUGUAACACUAACUUUGCCUUGCUUGUUUCCAUAGAGACCCUUAGUGUUAAGUCUGUGAGUGACCGCUCUCUGGGCCAGUCAGAUUCUGGCUUCAUCGAGCCAAAACAGUCAACCUCCGGAGAGGCAUCCAUAACAUCCAUCCAGAAGUCUGCUAAGAGGAUGAGAGAUGAGAGUCCUGGUGAUGAUGCUGGUGUGAAGAGGUCAAAAGAAACAGUUGCUGAGGCGUCCCCAGCAGAGGUCCCAGACAUCACGAUAACGGAAGAGUCCAGUCAGCCAGAUCACAGGCAGAUCCAGUGGGCAGAGGUCGCACCCACCCAGCAGGUGGAAGUGGAACCGAAGGAGGGGGCACAAGACACAUACAUAUCACAGGAAGCGCCGCACAUGGAAACGGCCACACAACAGAUAGCUUCAUCAUUGUACUACCCACUGACUACAAUGGAUGUAGAAAGACAGAACGAAGAUCACCAUAAGGCCACAUCAUCAAAGCCAAUGCGCCAGACUGCCUGUCUCAAGUGCCUUGUUUAAAUUGUUUGGUUUAUAUUAUAAUCUACUGGCUUAUUUUAUAGAUUAUUUGUUAUGGGAACUUGAAUGCCAGACCUAUGACUAGCUAUUAAUGAGAUUUUUAAUGAAGCUGUGCACGUUAUAUUCUGAAUUGUAAUGAAAAGUUUAUUUCUAGAGAUAUGCCUAUGACUGGCU